CCGCCAACUUCAAGCUAAGCUUGCUUAAGACGACUUUUCUGCGAUUCCUGCGACAUCUUGUCUGCGACUUCUACGGCUUCUACGACUCUUUGCGACUUUCUACUUCUGCAACCUUUUUUUUCCACUUCAUCCCCUUCCCUUCUCUUCUUAUAACCUCCUAUGUUUACCGAUAAGCCCGAUUAUUAUUCCAAAAUGAACCCUUCUGAUGAGGAACUCGACCGCGACUGGAAGCCCAAUGGCCGCCGUCCGCAAUCAACAAUUGCCCGCUCUUUCAGCCAAGAGCUGAUGGAUAUCUUCCGAAUUGAAAACAGCAUUACCGACUUGGAUGAGCAGGUGGAUAGGCGAAAGCAACAAGUCACGACUGGUCAGACCGAACUAGAGGCUCUCGAGGCUAGGAUCAAGGAAAUGGAACAGCGAUUGAAGAAGCAAAACCCCCCAGGGCAAGCAGGCAGCUUGAGUCCCCGAGCUCAACGACAAGCUGUUAAUGAUGCUUUUGGCAAAGCACAUGCCGAAACUGAAGCCGCAGCGCAACAGCAGAGAUCCCGGCCAGGAACUGCCAAACAAGUUCAGCAUGCACCUGCACAUGGAGGAGCUAUGCCUCCGACUCCAACGGCCAGCGAAGGUGAAUACGUACUAGUUAAUCAUAGCUCCUCUCGUGACGGCGGCGCCGAUCCUCGGAUGUUUACUGACCGUGUCUACGUUUCUCAAGAUGGCGACCGCGACCACUAAGUGGACAAAUCAACUAUAAUUGUUUCAGCUACCCUUUUGCCCCGUCGCCCGCGCCCCUUAUCCGUUACGAAUGAUUCGUUGUUUUGGCUUUUAUCCGACUACCCCCCCUACCUCUUCUUUCUAGGUAAUCGAACGACUAAUGGAGAGCACUCAUGCGUCAUCAACGACAAUAGCCGGCCUCACAAACCGACCUUGGACAAGACCUCGGCAAUGACUCGGCUGGAGUACUUGGAUACGGCCACGAAACGGAGCUACUUUCUAUUGGGGUUUCCGGGAUGCGACCGCGAACGAUACUCGACCGAUCCGACUUCUCGCUAAAAUAAAGGGGGCUAACACGAAUCACAUUUUUUUAGUCGUUGACGAACCAAAUUCUAGUUUCAAAAUAUACCCUCGUUUGGAGAAAGACGCAUCGACACCAUUUUCCCCCUCGUCC